AUUGUUUCCAACAAUACGGCAAAGAUGAACUACAGGCUACACAAGAAGAACUUUGGGAGGAACCACUUCCAGAUUAUUAAGGAUAUGUCCGUUGAUAAUGCCCUUCGAAAUUUUAAGCGUGAGAAGUUCCCUCGCGAAUAUAACCAGCAGAGGAAUAGUAAUCUUAAUAAUAGUGAGCUGAUAAAUUCCUCAUUCGAUUAUGCGAAAGACAGCAGGAGAAAUCUUAAUAUUAGCGAUGGAAAUAUUAGAAGGAAUCUUUCGAAUGAACCUAUCAAGAAUGUUGGGUCUCAAGAGUCAAGAGUGAGGCCAAAUUACUUACAAGCAAAUAUUGAUGAACUACGGUCCAACUCAGCUCAGGCUUAUGUCAAGAGAAAAGCUAGGAGCAACGGGAAUAUUCAUUACACUCCGGGUGAAGAGGAAUAUAAAGGAGGAAACAUUAUGCUUUUUAACAAUUUUAAAAUGCACAAAGAUAAAAUCAUGAAAAAGUACAAACAGAGAGAAGUCAAGUCUGAAGAGAGGGUCAAUGGAAUCAAUAAUGGAAGAAGGAUCUUUAGCAAACAAAAUUUCGAGCAAAGACCUAUUCUACCUGUGAAUCCUGACAAUCAGAGCAAGAAAAUGUACUACCUCGAGUUUCUUAGUGGGCAACCUGUUUGGAACUUGGUUAAGGACAGAGAGAACAAGUUUGGAGAUAAUACCCAAAGAAUUGAGAGUCUUGAGGCAUCCUCUUUAGAUAAAUAUAAGCAGGAGAAGAAUUACAAGACCAGGAGCAAGCCUAAAGUCAAUAUUAUCAAAAGCAAGCAUGGAAAAGCAUUUUGAAAUAUAAAUGAAUACAAGAACCAAGCCAUUAAGCCAAUGAAGAAUAUAGCUAAGCCUUUAAGAAAUAAGGAGAGAAUUUUUAAACAGCAGACUGAGUUCUUACCCUCUCCUGAGAUGGAAAGCGACCCUCUGAGUAUGACAUUUAAUAAAUCUGGAAAUAAUACUUCAAUGAAGGAAUGUCCAUACAAGAAUUGUGGGUCUGAUCUGACUAAGACAACUUCAGCCUCAACCAAAAAGAGAGAGAGUGAUCAAAACAUACAAUUCGAAGUGAGUAUAGACUCUUCCAAAAAGGCAAUGGAAAGUCUAAACUCUCAGAAAAUCAAAAAGGGGAUUUUCUCUUCAGUCAAUAUUCCUGGAUUAUCCAAAAGCGAUCUGCAUAGCCCUAAGAAGAGAAAGCCACAAGUAUUUGAUCAAAAAUCUCAGCGUAACAAUGAUUUAUUUCAGGGUAUAAAGCACAGAGAUCUCCUUAACAUGAGCUUCCAAGAUACAGCUAUUUUCAAGAAUGAUAAAAAUGAGUAUUCCAAAGGUAUCCCCGUGAAACCAGAGAUAAAUAGUUAUUACAACUCUGAAACUAAAGUCAAGAAUUACAAAGAAUCUUUCAAGAAUAAGUCCCUUGAUAAGGAGUUCAGCAUCAGAAACAUGAGCUAUGGGGAGAACCAAGACGAUCCUUUUCUAAACUCCAACUCUUCAAAAUCGUUUGAGAUUAGGAAGCACAAUACUAGUGCUAAUCAUGAAAUGCCACAAACUCAGCAGAAGAUAGUAAGACAAUAUCGAAAUCCUAAAACUUUGGCAUUAUCAUCGAAAAUUCCUUCAUGAUUUUUGGAAGCGACAAAGGCUAGGCAUCGUAAAAAAAAUUCUUGAGAGUUAGGAUUUCAGCAAAAAUCACAGAAUCUGAAUGCGCUUAAGUUGACGUUUAAAGCACCAUGGAAAUCAAGGAUGAAGCAGAAUGAUGCAAAAUUUGGAAAUGCUUCCUUUGAUCCUAAUCUCCAAAUAGUUGGACAUAGAUAA